AUGCUUGAGGCAGACGCUGAGAAACGUAACUCGAAUAGGGACCGUUUAUCUCCUUCUCCCUCACCUCACAGGAAACUCCUACCCGACCUGGUGCAAUCUGCUCCUACCCCGUCUCCCGUCACAACCUCAUCAAACGGUAUGUCUCUACCUCUACAAAAGGAAUUGCCCCCUACUCCUAUCGAGGAGGAGGAGGACGAAUACACCCACCAACAAGAGGGGGAACACCACCACCAACACCAACAACAGGAGAAUGGAGGGGCAACAGAGGAAGAAGUUAUUGAGCAAGAAGACCACGAGCACGACAUUCCGGAAGAACCGAGUGAAGGCGGUGGCGGUGUCAUUGAUGAGUACGAAGAAACCCCCCCAGCCGUGCCUCCAAAGGAGGAGGACCCUUUCGUCCAAAUGACCUCCCCCGUGCGGGAGCGUCCCGACACAUCCCACUCCAUCCUGACGGAGGAAAUCAAAACACCGUCGACGGCCCGCUUCACGGACGACACGACGGACCCGCCCAGCAGCGGCAGCAUCUACGGGCACUCGAGCUCGUCGUCAACCUCGCUAUCACGACGGGCCUCCGUGUUCUCCCUAUCCCGCGUAUCGUUCUCCGCACAACUGUCACGCCUCACCUCGCUCUCGCUCCCGUUAUCGUCCGAUAUCUCGUCGCGGAUUAGGCAGUUGCCCACGGCCGGAGAAGCUUGCAACGCGCUUAUCGGUGCGGGCGAUCAGAUCACUCGAUGGAUCGACACUGCCAAGAAGGUUCUCCGCGGGCUCGACGCGGAGGAUGAUGUGGAGUGGGCUGCACAGGGGCGUGAGUCACUGAAUAGCGUAGAUGGUGCUGUCAGCAAGUUCUCGGGUCUUAUCAAUGUGUACGUUGAGCUCAUUGAGGAGCUGCGGCAGAGGGAAGACAUCAAUUCUGUAAAGGAGACCCUGAUGGAAAUCUUGAAAAGUAUGGAUGUUGUAUUGGAUGGAUGGAAGGAGGUCAAGGAGAUUUUGAAGGGCGUAAAGGACCAAGUCGAGACGGCCAUGGAGUGGACAGAGCUGUGGACAAUGAUCCUCCAGGAUAUCCAAGCCGAGCUCGAUGCAUGCCAGACGAUCGUGUUUGAGGAAGAGGAGAAGCGCCACCGGAGUUUGAUGGAGGACGGAUCACUGGUUGGCGGGGUGGACCUAGACACCCUGCAAACCAUUAUAGAAGACGCGCCAAAUUCCUCGCAGGCAAAGGUAGUCGUUAAACUCGAAGACAGCUCCCUCCUGGGGUUGAUCGCUCGGAUGCAACCGUUGAGAGUCAGUUUAGAUUUCCUCCCCAUGAGGCUUCAGAGUUUCCAGGCAAGAGCCGAAGAAAUAUUCCCCAGCGCGUGUGAAGAUUUGAUGUCACGACGAUGCACCCUUGAAAAGAAGUGGACAAAGCUCAAUUCGGAUGUAGAAGGGUUGAAGAAAGAGCUAGGAGAAGACAAGUGGGUUGCGUUAUUCCGAAACGCGGGCAAGCAGACUGCAUCUAUGAUCGGGAGCGUCGAGCGAAGUCUGGCAAAACUUCGAGAUGCCGUGACCGUCUGGGAAGAAAGCGGCGGCCGGAUCGAUGAAGGCCUAGUUUCCAGGAUGCAGAACUACGAGGCUAAAAAGGUGCAUUACGGCAGCGCGAUCGACCGGGCCUUGGGGCUUAUUAGUAAAGGUGUCCGUGAUCGUAUUACUGUCAAUGGCGAGAUUAUUAGGCUCGAGACGGCGAUGCGAACGCGGUGGAAGAACCUUGAAGCUUCAAUGGCAGAUAUGGAACAAGACCUGAACGAACUGCAGCUGGACUCCCAGACUCUCCGUGACUCAAUGUCGACGAUCACCUCAUUGGACGUUCGCUCGUACAACAGCUCUGGAAUGAUCACUCCCGGCAGCUCGCCGGCAAGCUCAGUCAUCAUGGCCACUUCCCCAACAACCCUCGAGCGUAAACGGUCACCCAUAUCUGGAAGCAGACGGAUGAGCCAUUCAACAAGCCCUGGCGACAGGAGUUCCACGAGCGGUAUCCCGAAGAAAUCGCCGCACUCUCGUCUUUUGUCGACUGGAGGUUCAUCACUGGCUCCCAUCUCGACUGGGAUGGUUAGGACAACGUCUGCACCCUCGAAUCAGACGACGCCCUCAAGGGAUAGUCCGAGGAAGUCGUCAGUUGGCUCCUCAUCUAGUGCUAAGAAAUUUGAUGGUAGACCUCGAUGGAACACAUCCACUAAUAUUAGUGAUGGCCUCUAUGGUCAAAGCUAUAAGCCUCUUAGUCUUGCUACCCCCGCAUCUCCAAAGACGCCUCGCUCUACCUCCUCCCAGGGCAACCACACACGUAUUCCCAUGCCGAGCCCAUUGAGCCAGGCAAAUGGGUCAAACCCCGGGUCACCAAGCUAUCACCAUAGACUCUCGUCGUCCAUUACAUCUAUGGGUCGCCGGGCUAGUGCUGGUAUCCGAAAGAGCCCAAGCCCUGCUCCAAGGACUGGAUACCCGCCACAGCAGCAGCAGCAGCCCACAUCAGGUAGGCCUGAGUUGCGAAGACGGACUAGCGCAAGUCAGCUUCGCUACCAGUCUAACCGUCAAUCACAAUCCACGACUAACUCCCCUAAGACUGCUCAAUUCAACAACGAAUAUCAAGAUGAGGAAGAGCAGCAAGAGGAGCCGAGGGAGCAGAAGAGGUCAUCUAGACCAGCGAGUGCGAUGGCUAGCAGCGCACUCGGCUACUUGAGGGGUAACAGGAUGAGCAUGUUGCCAAGACCUACGACACCGAAUGGCAGGCCUACUGGUGGCGGGGAUGGUAUUGGUGCCCACGGAAGCGCCGGUCUGUCUGGAAGAAACAGUGUUGCGGGAAGUACCGAUUCAAGAGGGAAGAGGAUGAGCAUGCCACCUGUAUCGAAAGGAUGGGGGUAUGAUGGAAGGCCAAAGUGGAAGCAUUAA